GGUGACGGGAGUUAAAGGCUGUGUGUGUAGUGAUGAGAUCAGAGGGGUUGUGUCAUCCUGACGACACUGCGAGAAAUUACAGCGGCCCCUCUGAUGUGGCGCCGGGGCUUUAAAUAUUUCAGUAAGAGCCAGAGAGCUGAUCUGAAGAGAAGCGUCUCCACUUGAGAACCAACAAUCCAAAUGUGUUUUAAUGGGCUUCUCACCGGCAAAACACCGACACACUCCCUUUCCCUAAACCCGGGGAAUAAACGCGGCUCGGCGGCAGGAGCAGGAUUGACCUCCCCCGGUGCGCACCAUCUAUGGUCCUCCUCUGGAUGUCUGUCUGACAGGAGGGUUGGUGUUUGUUUGCCGAAGCGACAGAGGUGGGCCCUGAGUCGGAGGUGAAGAGAGCCAAGUCGGAGUCCUCCCAGACAGCAGGGAGCAGCAGCAGGCAUGCAGGACUCCGCUUCAGACAGCAAGAUGGCUAAGCAGGAACAGAACUCCAAGCAUCUUGACGAACACAGAGAAACAGAUGACAUGUCUGAGAGGACGUCCCCAAGCAAAAACCUCAAAUCUCCCCAGAAAGGUUCCAAACGACUUAAAACCACCCCAUUCAAAGUGACCCUGCUGGACUCCGCAGAGUACGAAGGAGAAAUCGAGAAACACUCCAAAGGACAGACCUUGAUGGACAUGGUGUGUGAGCACCUCAACUUGCUGGAGAAGGACUACUUCGGUCUGACCUUUGCCGACACAGACACCCAGAAGAACUGGUUGGACCCCUCCAAGGAGAUCAAGAAGCAGAUGCGCAACUCUCCAUGGAACUUUGCCUUUGCUGUCAAGUUCUACCCUCCAGACCCCUCCCAGCUCACUGAGGAUAUCACCAGAUACUACCUGUGUCUGCAGCUGAGGGAUGACAUGCUGUCAGGUCGACUGCCGUGCUCGUUCGUCACUCACGCCCUCCUGGGCUCCUACAGCGUUCAAGCGGAGCUGGGGGACUACGACCACGACGACCACGGCUCCGACUACGUCAGCGAUUUCCGCUUCGCCCCCAAUCAGACUCGCGAGCUGGAGGAGAGGGUGAUGGAGCUCCAUCGAAACUACAAGGGGAUGACUCCAGCAGAGGCUGAAAUUAACUUCUUGGAGAAUGCGAAGAAACUGUCCAUGUACGGGGUAGACCUCCAUCACGCUAAGGAUUCUGAAGGGAUUGACAUAAUGCUGGGUGUCUGUGCCAACGGCCUGCUGAUUUACCGCGAUAGGCUGAGGAUCAACCGCUUUGCCUGGCCAAAGAUCCUCAAGAUCUCCUAUAAGAGGAGCAACUUCUACAUCAAGAUACGACCUGGAGAGUACGAGCAGUUUGAAAGUACAAUCGGCUUUAAGCUCCCGAAUCACAGAGCUGCCAAGAAGCUGUGGAAGGUCUGCAUCGAGCAUCACACCUUCUUCCGGCUGGUGUCUCCGGAGCCUCCUCCAAAGGGCUUCUUAGUGAUGGGCUCAAAGUUUCGAUACAGUGGAAGGACGCAGGCUCAAACCAGACAGGCCAGCGCUCUGAUAGACCGGCCCGCUCCACACUUUGAGCGUUCCACGAGCAAGAGGUACCUGUUGUCCAGGAGCUUGGAUGGAGCAGAGUUCUCGCGGCCAGUAUCGGCCAUGUGUGAGAACCACGACGGCCUGUCCCACCGCAGCGUCAGUGAACAGCGUCGCCUCCACAGCCCCUCUAUGGACGAGCAGGAGACAGAGCUGGAGCCCAGUACGGAGCAGGACGAGGAGGAGAAGGACCGAGAGGAGGACCAGAACGAGCAGGACAAAGACUAUGACGGCAACGUCACGCCGAGCAGAAAGAAGGAGAUCAUGGAGGAGGCUGGGUCACCAGUUGACAGUAAACAGGAGCUCUCUCAGUUGGACCAGGAGGCCACUCCUCGGCACAAACAGGAGUUUCUGGAUAAGUCGCAGGACUUCCUGCUGAAGCACCAGGCCAGCAUCAAUGAGCUGAAGAGAACCCUGAGGGAGCCCAACAGCAAGCUGAUGAACCGCGAGAAGCGUCUGUCGGCCACCUCCCCGACAGGCACACCAGAGAAGAAGGCUUUGGUUGGCCGAGCAGUUGGAAAGGACCCUGUUAACAGCCUGUCUGUUGAGGGUUUCGUCCAGAAGACUCUGGUGACUUCACCUGAGGGCUCUGAGGAGUGGGUAUUGAUUGAAAAGCAAGAAACGUAUCAACAGGACCAUGACUGGAAGGCAGAAGAGGAGAACAAAUCUCUCACAUCGGAUUCCUCGUGGGAGAAAAAGGAGCUGGAAAAAGAGAUAGACAUUGCCAAGAUGAUACAUAAAGAGGUAACAGGGUAUGACAGGAAAGAAAUGAAAAGCCAUAUUGAUGAAUUUCCAUCAGCAAAAUCGUCCAGAGAGGCAGAUGUAUGCUCUGAGCCUCGGCCAGCUGGCAAAAGUCGUUUUGUGAUUCAAUUAUCUGAGAAUGCAGACUUGUUUCAAGACAAAUCUCAAGGUAAACCAUCGAAAGCCUCAGACCCUGAGGCAAACAGUGAUGUGGCCCUGGGCUCGUGCCAGAUGAAAGAACGUACAGCUUCUAAACCAAGGAAAAAGAGGAGACCCCAGAGCUUAAACCUGGGGAUGCCUGCUGAGCUCAUCUACAGAAAAGGAGACAGCGAUUCUACUGGAGACGAAAAUGACGGCUCAGAUUCGGACAACAGUCCAGAAAAAACCUCAGCAACGGGAAAUCAUUGUGACUUGUCCUCAGUGGAGAUGAUGAAAGAUGAUCAGGGAUUAGCAAAGGAUCAGUCUGUCAGGGGCUAUAAAGACAACAAACAGGAGGAUAUAUCAAUAGGAGAAAGCAGGGAGGGCUCCACUCCAGGAACAGAGCAGGUAAAGACAAAAGUGAGUCAGGUUGGGCCAGAUAUCGAUUUAGGCUCAGUGAACGGACCGGGAAAGAUAGAACACAAUAGUUCAUUAGCAGGUGUUAAAGGGGAGGGUGUGAAGAUGGUGCGAGGGAAGGGCCUCAUUGACAACAAAGAGCUAGCAGAGGUGAAGCUGCGACAGGUCAGGACACAUGAGAGGAAGAUCAGUAGUUCUGGGGCAGAAGAUAUCGAGGGUUUCAUCGGAGACAGAGGUCAGAGGACGUCUUUCCACCGGCUGUCGGGCAGCAGCUACCAGUCGGAAAUCACCAGGAUUGUUCCUCUCAAGCCAGAGCGAUCAAAGAGCGUAGCGUGUAGGGACGAAAGAGACAGGUCAGGCCAGGACGAGCCCACACGGGUCCUCAGAAGAGAAUACCGCUGGUCGGUCGGCUCUCCAGAGGGACCCUCAGACCUCAACUGGACUGACGUCUCUACCUUCCAUCCAGCAUUCGCAGCAGAUCCGGAGGGUAUCGCCAAAUCAGAACAUCCGGAUGAUAGCUAUCAGUCAGGCAGAGGACCUAUGGAGAGUCAGUUGUUCGGCUCAAAGAUUUCAGGGCUUCCCAAAAUGGCUCCCCCAGCCCCACCAGUAAAAACACAGAAGGUCAGGGAGUCUGGGCUAAUGCUGCGGAACAGCCGAAAUGUCGGCAGGGAGCCGAGCCUGGACGCAGCCAAGAAGAGACACUCGGAGCCCGUCUCCACUCCUGCCAUUUACGAAGAGCCGUUUGCUGAUUUCAAGAAGGAGCUCGGGGACAGGAGGCCCCAGCCGAACAUAACCUCAGAGGAGGAGCAGGAGCGGGACACGGUGGCCUGCAUGAGGGAAACGCACCUGGGCAUCGAGCGCAAGUGCUCCAGCAUGACGGUCAGCUCCACGUCCAGCCUGGAGGCUGAGGUCGACUUCACCGUCCUCAUGGACCUCCACUCCGGUGCAGAGGACUUCUCGAAGGGGAUGUCUGAGCUGGGAGAGAGGGAGCGGCAGCCUGAGGUUGGUCGGGAGGACUUUGAGGAGACCUCCAGAUUCUACUCCGCCCGUCUGAUGGGCUCCCGGGACAAGUCUCCCAUCGAGGAGAAGCUCCCUGAGGAGGCAACACAUCGUGAGCCUCCCGUGGCAAAGAAAGACCCCAGUGCUGUGAGCAUGGCGCAUAUGUUGAAGAGGUCCGAAUCCAAGACGGAGUCACAUACGAAUGGAUCAGAGGUCCACCCCAACAUCAUGAAUGUCUCGCCGCAGAACUAUGGAGUCGUCAGCCAGCAGGAGGCUCCUGCUGCCCUCAAAGAAAAUGGCUCCCCUGUAAAAGCUGGCACCCAGGCGAGGGAGUCUGUUGUGUCCCCGCUGACCAUCACCGCUGAGAACGUCACCUCAGCAACCACAACUCAAGUCACCAAGACUGUGAAGGGAGGCUACUCGGAGACCAGGAUCGAGAAAAGGAUUAUCAUCACAGGAGACGACGAUGUGGACCAACAUCAGGCCCUCGCCAUGGCGAUCCAAGAGGCCAAGCAGCAGCACCCCGACAUGUUGGUGACAAAAGCAGUGGUUAUCAGGGAAACAGAGUCUCCCACUGAGGAGCUGCAGCAGAAAGCACAGUCCUGAUCCGUCAUGGUGGCUCCUGAGACGGGGGGGACAGGAGAGGAUCCUCCAGCUGUGUGUCUCUUGCCCUGUCCUGCAGUACGCCACCAACCGGACAUGAGGACAUUCUACCCCGCCUGUAUACACACCUGACACGAGAACAGACUGCGUUCUGCGAAGCAGUAGACCUCCACUCCUGUCCCUUUAGACAAACCAACUGUGACUCAGCCUCUGACUCGAACCGGCCUCCCGUUAUAUCCCGGCCUGUCCCCAGCCCUCCACUUCCUUAUGGAACAGGAAACUUGGAUUGGAUGAUUGAACACUUGGUUUAAUCAAGUGUAAUGAUGUAAGAUUGAAAGUGAAAGCCGUUAGCAUUUGUUACUAUUUGAAUUGACCUCUGUUAAAGUCAUUUAUAUGAAACUUUACUUGCAUUUUAUUUAAUUGGAUACAUUUUGUCUCCUUUGUACCCUGAGGGUCAUUUGAAUCAAUGCGUUUUCAACCCAAGCCACCCGAUGCCAAUGGUUGCUCCCUUAAAAAAAAGUCCCCUAACUUUAAUAUCUGCCCUGUGCUACUGUCACAUAUGUAAUGCAUAAGAUAUAAGAGCAGGGGAAGGUCAUGUGGAAGGAUCAGGACAUUGCUGGUGGCGGAGGGGGUGGGAUAGGGAGGUUGGUGCCAAGAGGCGCGAGGCAGCCUUUUGCUCGUUGUUGCCACCUCCUGGCUGUGACACCUUCAGUAUAAUCAGCAGCUGUCUUAUUAGCUUUUUACAUUUUUAUCUAUAGAGGGUCUAAUUUAUGUUUAGUGUUCGCUUGUUUAUGAAAUAUGUAUAAUAUCAGAUGAUUAUAAUCUGCAUGAUUCAAUUACAAAAUAGCCGAGGGAAUGAAAAGAAAAAAAAAACAAAACAAAUUUACUGACAUGUCAACAUUUGAAACCCAUGAGAAGCUCUGAGGCGAUGGGACUGAGCACCUACGGAGAAACUGUUAGAAAACAAAAACACACACUGGACCGGUGAGUGGUGGAAACACAGUGAUUUUGAUGGACUCUUCUGCACAAGGACCAUCGCGUGAGACUUCAGUGACCAUCUGGGACUCAACACAACAUAGAAACUUCACUGUCCUCCCAUUUGCCCAGCUCACUGUUGCCGUUUUCAUUUUUGGUGUCAACUCGCCAUCUAGUCACAGAAAUGCUGGUCACGUUUUGGGCACAGUCAUAGGAUUUUUAGAGAAAUUUUAAUAUAAAUAAUGUUUUAUCUAAUACGUUUCAGAAAUGUGAUAUGUGUUCGGAACUUUUCUUACUUGAUUUUGCUGACUUCCUUCAUAAAACAGAGUUGAUGUGUUAGUCUUGUGGUUUUGGACGUUGCGGUCGUCAAGUGUGAGAUCUUACAAAGCAAAUCGGAGAGAAAUCGCCCAAAUCUAGAAACUCAAAUCGCCACAUUGUGUUGGAGCAUCAUAUCCUUUUUUUCUGCACCUGGUACCAUUUAUUUUCUGACCAAUUGGGGCCAGCGCAUCAAGCUUGACAUAUUAUGAUGGCAGACUUAUUAGUAAACAGUUGUGUAUUUACCUGUAUGGCCCCUGGUUAACAUAAAUGUCCAAUACGCUGCUUAAUUCUCUGCUUUUCACUAACUUGUCUCUAACUUUGUCUUGGUUUGGUGCUUAACCAAAUCAGUCAAGUUGUGAGCCAUUAAAAAUGUGUGUUCUGUGGGCUCCUUACUUUAAACAUUACACACAGUCAUUCGAUCACACGACCUGCAAGGUUCAAAACGCCAAGAUUAGCAUGGGUACUUUUUUGUUUUCUGUUGGAUUUAACUCUUUUAAGUUAUGGUGUAUGAGUUUGUAAUUGUAUUUAUAGGAGUGGUGAAUGUGAGGCCUGUGCUUUUUCCUCCCCGUUCCCCGUACUGACAAAGCCGAGACUCGAGAGUGUGACACACGUGAAGCACCACUUACCCCACAGAACCUGCUGGCUGUCACCUAACAUAUAUCCUGGAUGACCUUUAAUACUAUACUAUGCAUCACUUAUCAUACAUGAGAAUCCCUCUGGUGGAGCCUGACCCAUGUUAGCCGUGUUGCCGUCAUUGUUCACGUCGUGCUAAUGUUAACCGGAGCAGUGGAGCGCACUGCUUGUGAGAUUUGCAAUAAGCAGCCAUUAUUCUUAUCCUCGAUGUCCUCUAAAGGGAGAAAACUGUGAACUCUCAUGCGUACCGAAGCGUAACCAAAA